AUGGAGCCCGAGGACCUGCCGUGGCCCUCCGAGCUGGAGGAGGAGGAGGAGGAGGAGGAGGAGGAGCAGGAGGAGGAGGAGCCAGAGAAGUUGGAUGAGGACGAAGUGGUGAUGGUGGAAGAAGUGGAGGAAGAGUUCCAGCGUCGGGAGAGCACGGACGAAGAAGUGGAAGAGGAGGACGACGAGGCCAGGGCCUGGCUGCAGGCGCCCCCCAUCCGGAUUUUGGCUCCGCCGCCGCCGCCGCUGAGGCGCCGCCAAUAUUCGGAGGGCGAGAGGGCAUGCUCGGAGAAGGUUGUUCCAUUGACUGCUCAUGUAUGGCAACAGUCAUUAUGUAAAGGCAAUAACAGAACACGGAUUUCCAAUACUGACGUGGUCUCUUUGGAAACAAUAACUCAGUGGUGUUCUGGGAAUGAUCAGAGAACAGAAUCUUGGCAUUGUCUUCCUCAAGAAAUGGACUCUUCCGAAACCUUGGUUACAUCCCAGAACAGGCUUAAUGCAAGAGAGGAAGGGACUGAAGUGACAGAUUUCCCCUCUCUGGAGGAAGGUACAUUGACCCAAUCAGAAAAUCAAGUAAAGGAACACAGCCGAGAUUCCUUAUAUUCUCCAUUGCUAGUCAUACAAGACAGCUUUGCUUCUCCUGAUUUGCCUUUGCUGACAUGUCUUACACGAGAUCAAGAGUGUGGGCCUGAUUCCUUAUUUCACCAAAGUGAGCUACACUUUGAACCUUUAAGGGGAAUUCCUGAUAGGUCUGAAGAUACCGGUUGGCUUUCUCGGCCAUCAGAAGUUAAUGAAGCUUUGUUCCAGGCAGCCUCAGAAGUAGUUUCUGACUUAGUUAACAGUUGCUUUAGUGUAUCUCACCACCCACUUAUAAGUAGUGCAGAAAUAGGGCCAUGGCAAUCCUUUUUACCUCUUGAACAAGGGAAUAAAGAAGAGGCUAUUUCAUCACAUGAAGCUGAUGAACUAAAAACCCCCAAAGCCUCUGAUAGUUAUACUCUUUCUUCACAUGUGUCAUGGAAGUCACAAGAAGUUAUAGAGCAGCCAGAAACCAAUUUAGCUAUUAAAGAUCAAGUUUCUUUUUCAAGUUCGUCUGACGUAUCUACCAAAGGAAGUGACAGUUUUGAUGCUUCUUGUUCGUAUGUGCAAAGUUGGAAACAGGAAGCUGUCCAGCAGCCAGGAACAUGUUUAACUAGUAAGGACCAGGACUCUUUUUCAGAUCCAUGUGACACAACUGACAAAACUAAAAUUUCCCAGAGAAGGAACAGUUGUGGUGCCCUUUAUUUAUAUAUGCCGUGGAGGAAACAGGGUGCUUCACAGCAUCCAGAAACAUGUCUAACCAGUAAGGACCAUGUUUCAUUUCCACAUGAAGUUGCUUCUCAUUUAAAUAAUAAAAUAUCAAAUUCUUUCUUGCCUUUUUUGUUGGAAAGAAGAGGAAAAGGGGUUCCCUUGACGAGUGAUAGCCAUUAUUAUGAGAGUGUCGAUUUAAAGGCUAUACCUGAGAAUGAGAUGCAACAAAAACUGGGUUCUUUGGAGGAUUACAAGAGAAAUGAAGACAUACUGAAAGAAUUAUCUCAACAUUUUGAACAAAAGGAGACUAGAAAUAAUUUGGUAUCUUUAGAUACACAUCCCAGAUCUUCAGAAACACAGCAUAUUGGGAAUGUUGUAGUUCCUGAUAAUUCUGUAAAAGUUUCACAACCACCUGUCCUCUCCAGGAGACACGAUACCUCUAAGAUGGAGGCUUCUGGUGGUAUUCUUCAAACUGUUAAAUUUAAUUUGGGUGAGACAUCAGAACAACUGUAUUUUCAAGGGGAAAGAAGCCAAAAGGAAACUUCUGCUUUUGGUGCAGUAGUUGGUGCUAUAGAAGAUGUGGCCUUUGAGGCAGUUAUUGCCUCUAUUGAGCCUUCCGAGAGAGAGAAUACAAUAAAGGAAAUCCAAACUGAUAUCAAUAAAUCUUUAACAAAUGCCAGCCAAGAAAGAGAACCAAAAAUCCCAGAACUUUCCCCAUCAAAUUAUAAUGAUGAAAAAUCUUUAUUUGAUCAGCUUAGUCAUCCAUGUUAUCAGUCUACUCCUGGGAUAUUUGAACCAGCAGCUUCAAAAUCAUGGUUGCAUAGAAAAGAUGUUGAUGAUAGUUCCCUGUACUGGCAUCCUAAUUUAAAAUCACCACCUGCUCCACAGGACAUGCUUAUUAAACCAUUUUCUGUUAUUCCAGAGCUUAAGUUAUCUGCUUCUUUAACUGAAAAAUCUCACAACCAGGCUGUUGGUCUUAGCAAAACAGAGUCACCUUUGUUUCAAUGUGAUAUAAGCAAUGAAUCGUUUGUUCCCAUUGGGAUGAUAAAGUCUGAUCCUGUUGUUGACGUUACAGAGAAGGUAGAAUUUUCAAACAUUUAUCCACUGCAAGUAUCAACUUCAGAUUCUUUGGUUUUAGAAGAUUUAAAGCAGCAAACCCCUGAAGAAGUUGCAGAUUCCUCAAACUAUAUUUCGGUUAAGCAUGUAAAUUCUGAUAACAUUAUUGAAGGUCGAUCUGCAGCUGUAGGAAGCAGCUCACCAGCAAACUUGGUGGCAUGUGAUGAAAAAUCACAAAGUGCUUCACCAUCAUCCAGUGAUGCGUCAUUAAUUGCACUCUUACCAAAAGCUGAUGUAGGCCAAGGUGAAAUUCCUCAGGGUAUGGAAGCCAAGUCCUGUUUUACUAUACAUACAAAUACACAAAAGGACUCCUGUUGUGUAGAGUGCCUGCAGGGGACGGCUGAGUCUGACAUCAUUACUCCAGAUGGUGAUACUGAGUGCCACAGGUUAGAUGAACAGGCUGUUAUGUGCAGUGAAAGAAUCGCUGAACUACUAAGAGAGGUAGGUGGUUCUAAUCUGGGCAUUAAUCAGCCUUUUUCAUCUGUAUUGCCUCAUGGCCCAACCAGACAGCCAGAAUAUCACUCUUCAAAUCUCAGAAUGUUGAGGUUGUCUUUUGAGACUGUGCUGAAGACUCUUGGUCAUUUAUCAGGAAAUACUUUUAAAGGAGGAACAGCUGAAAUUACUCAAUCCAACUUGAAAACAGGCACCACUGCCGAUUCAGAAGACUCAGACUUUGGAUCUGAUUUAUCCUUACCCACCAAAGCUUUGCCUCAUUUGGCUGUAAGGCCUCCUCAAGAGAAGACUGUUGACCAACAUACUGAUGAUUUCUUCCAACAGCCAUUGCUAGACAGUCAUCUAAAUGAAGACACUCUAAAAGUUUCAGCUGUUCCUGGAACAUCUGGGCAAAAGACUGGGAUACUAAAAGUAGUACCUCCUAGUUCCUACAGACCUAGAGAGAAGCUAGGUAAAAGUAUACUCUACCAACAGGGGUUACUAAAUAGUCAUCUAACUGAAGAGAAUCUGAAAGUUUCAGAUAUUCCUGAACCAGCUGACCAGAAGACAGGGAUACCGACAGUACCCUCUAGUUCCUCCUCCCAUAGAGAGGAGCCCAGUCUUUUCUACCAACAGGAGUUGCCAGACAGUCAUGUAACUGAAGAGGCUGCAGAAGUUUCAGCUUUUCCUGGACCAGCUGACCAGAAGAUUGGGACACCAACAGUAACUCCUGAUUCCUACUCACAAAGAGAGAAGCCCAAUGUUUUCCACCAACAGGAGGUGCCUAAUGAUCAUCCAGCUGAAGAGGCUCUGAAAAGUUCAGCAGCUCUUGGACCAGCUGAGCAGAAGACUGGGAUACCAACAAUACCCUCUAGUUCCUACUCGCAUAGAGAGAAGCCCAGUAUAUUCUACCAACAGGAGUUGCCUGACAGUCAUCUACCUGAAGUAACUAUGAAAAGUUCAGCUGUUUCUGGACCAUCUGAUCAGAAGACUGGGAUACCAACAAUACCCUCUAGUUCCUGCUCGCAUAGAGAGAAGCCCAGUAUAUUCUACCAACAGGAGUUGCCUGACAGUCAUCUCCCUGAAGUAACUAUGAAAAGUUCCGCUCUUUCUGGACCAUCUGAUCAGAAGACUGGGACACCGACAAUACCCUCUAGUUCCUACUCGCAUAGAGAGAAGCCCAGUAUAUUCUACCAACAGGAGUUGCCUGACAGUCAUCUACCUGAAGUAACUAUGAAAAGUUCCGCUCUUUCUGGACCAUCUGAUCAGAAGACUGGGAUACCAACAAUACCCUCUAGUUCCUGCUCACAUAGAGAGAAGCCCAUUAUGUUCUACCAACAGGAGUUGCCUGAUAGUCAUCUACCUGAAGUAACUAUGAAAAGUUCAGCUGUUUCUGGACAAUCUGUCCAGAAGACCGGGAUACCAACAAUACCCUUCAGUUCCUUCUCACAUAGAGAGAAACCCAAUACAUUCCACCAACAGGAGUUGCCUGACAGUCAUCUAACUGAAGUGGCUCUGAAGAGUUCAGCUGUUUCUGGACCUGCUAACCAGAAGACUGAGAUGCCAAAAGGACCUUCUUCUUCUUGGUCACAAAGAGAGAAGCGAACUAGUCUCAGGGAACGGGUGUUGCCAGAUAGUAGUCCAACUGAAGAAGAUCUGAAAGUUUCACCUAUUCCUGGACAAACUGAUCAGAAGACUGAGACGCCAACAAUAUCCUGUAGUUCCUCCUCACUUAGAGAGAUGCCCACUGUUCUCUACCAGCAGCUUUUGCCUGACAGUCAUCUGUCUGAAGCCUCUCUGAAAAGUUCAGCUGUUCCUGGACCUUCUGACCAGAAGACUGGGAUGCCAAGCAGAUCUCCUGGUUCCUACUCACUUAGAGAGAAGCCCACUAUUGUCCACCAACAGAUGUUGCCUGGUAGUCAUGUGGCUGAAGUAGCUCUGAAAAGUUCAGCUGUUUCUUGGCCAUCUGAUCAGAAGACUGGUGUGCCAACAGUACCCACUGGUCUCUACACACAUGCAGAGAAGCUCAAUAUUACCUGCCAAGAUGAGUUGCCAAACAGUCACCUAAGUGAAGAGGAUAUAAAAAUUUCACCUGCUCCUGGACCAGCUGAUCAGAAGACAAGGAUAUCAACAGAGCCUUCUGGUUCUUACUCACAAAAAGAGCAGCCUGGUGUUUUCUACCAACAAGAGUUGUCAGACAUUCAUCUAACUGAAGAGGUUCUGAAAAGUUCAUCUGUUUCUGGACCUGCUGACCAGAAGACUGAGACAUCAACAGUACCUCCUGUUUCGUCCUCACAAAGAGAGAAGCCCAGUCUUUUCUACCAACAGGUGUUCCCUGUCAAUCAGAUAACUGAAGUAGCUCUCAAAAGUUUAGUUGUUCCUAGACCUGCUGACCAGAAGACUGGGACACUGAAUGUACUUCCUGGGUCCUACACACAUGGAGAAAUUCCCAUUCUCCACCAACAGGCAUUGCCAGAUAGUCAUCUAACUGAAGAAGCUCUGAAAAGUUCUGCUCUUCCUGGACUAGCUGACCAGAAGACUGGGACACCAACAGUACCUCCUGAUUCCUACUCAUAUAAAGAGAAGCCCACUCUUCUCUACCAACAGGUAUUGCCAGAAGAUCAUCUAACUGAAGAGGCCCUGAAAGUUUCUGCUGUUCCUGGAGAGUCAGACCGGAAGACCAGGAUACCAACAGUACAGCCUAGUUCCUACUCAUACAGAGAUAAGCCCACUGUUCUCUACCAGCAAGUGUUGCCAGAUAGUAAUCUAGCUAAACAGGAUCUGAAAAUUCUAGAUGUUCCUGGACCAGCUGAGCAGAAGAUUCACAUGCCAACAGUGUCUCCUGCUUCCUACUCACUUAAAGACAAGCCCACGAUUUUCUAUAAACAGGUGUCACCAGACAGUCAUAUAACUGGAAUAAUUUUGAAAAGUUCAGCUCUUCCUGAACCAACUGACCUGACGUCUGGGAUACCAGCUGUACUUCCUGAUUCCUAUUCACAUAAAGAGAAUCUUGAUAUUUUCUACCAACAGGAGUUACCAGACAGUCAUCUAACUGAAGUAAUUCUGAAAAGUUCAACUGCUCCUGGACCCACUGACCAGAAAACCGAGAUACCAACAGUACCUCUUGGUUCCUACUCAGAUAGACAGAAGCCCAUUAUUCUCCACCAACAGAUAUUGCCAGAUAGUCAUCUACCUGUAGUAGCUCUGAGAAGUUCAACUCCUCCUGGACCUGCUGACCAGAAGACUGGGACACCAACAUUACUUCCUGAUUUCUACUCCCAGAGAGAGAUGCCCAGUAUUCUCUACCAACAAGCGUUGCCAGAAAGUCAUCUAACUGAAGAGUCUCUGAAAGUUUCAGCUGUUUCUGGACCUGGUGACCAGAAGAGUGGGAUACUAUUAGUACCUCUCAAUUCCUACCCACUUAGAGAGAAGCCUGAUAUUUUCUACCAACAGGUAUUGACAGAUAAUCAUUUGACCGAAGAGGCUCUGAAAGUUUUGUCUGUGUCUGGAGCUGCUGAGCAGAAGACUGGAGUACCAACAGUACCCUCUAGUUCCUACUCACAAAGAGAGAAGCCCAGUGCUCUCCACCAACAGGCAUUGCCAGAUAGUCAUCUAAGUGAAGUAGCUCUGAAAAGUUCAACAGUUCUCGGAUCAGCUGACCAAAAGACUGGGUUAUCAACAGUACUGUUUAGUUCCUACUCACAUAGAGAUAAGCCCAGUAUUCUCCAUCAACAGGUGUUGUCAGAUAGUCAUCUAACUGAAGACUCUCUGAAAGUUUCAGCUGUUCCUGGACCAGCUGAUGAAAAGUCUGGGAUACUAACAAUAUCCUCUAGUUCCUACUUACAUAGAGAGAAGCCCAGUAUUCUCCACCAACAGGCAUUGCCAGAUAGUCAUCUAACUGAAGAAUCUUUGAAAGUUCCAGCUGUGCCAGGAUCAGCUGACCAGAAAACUGGGAUACCAUCAAUACCUCUUGGUUCCUCCUCGCAUAUAGAGAAACCCAGUGUUUUUUCCCAACAAGCAUUUGUUGAUAGUCAUCUAAGUGAUGAAGCGCUGAAGAUUUCAACUGUUCCUGGACCAACUGAUGAGAAGACUGGGACACCAACUGUAUCAUGUAGUUCCUAUUCACAGAGAGAGAAACCCAAUGUUUUCUACCAAAGUGAGUUGCCAGAUGGUUAUCUUACUGAUGAGGAUCUGAAAUUUUCAGUUCUUCCUGUACCAGCUGAUCAGAACACUGGGAUACCAACAGUACCUCCUGGUGCCUCCUCCCAUAGAGAGAAGAGCAGUGUUUACCUCAAGGACUUUCUGGACAGUCAUCUAACUGAAGCAGUUCUGAAAGAUCCAGCUGUUCCUGGACUAGCCAACAAGAAGCCUGGGAUACCAAUACUACCACCUAGUACCGGCUCACAUAAAGAUAAGCCCAUUAUUCUCCAUGAACAGGAACUGCCAGACAAUCUUGUAACUGAAGAGGCUCUGAAGAUCUCAACUGUUCCUGGAGUUGCUGACCAGAAUACUGGAUUAUUAACCGCUCCCUCUGAUUCCAGCUCACAUACAGAGAAACUCGAGAUUUCAGCUGUGAUUGCACCUGAUGACCAGAAAACUGGGUUGCCAACAGCUCUGCCUCAUUCCUAUUUACAUAAAGAGAAGGCUAAGGUUUCAUUUUCAGUUGGACCAGAUGAACAGAAGACUCCAUUACUGACCGUUUCCUCUAAUUCCUGUCCUCAAGGAGUGAGGCCCAGUGUUAGCUUUCAACAGAAGUUACCAGAUAGACAUCAAAAUGAAGAUACUCUGAAGGUUUCAUCUGUCCCUGGACCAACUGAUGGGAAUACUGAAAUACCAGUAUCUCUUUCUAGUUCCUCUUCAGAUAAAGCAAAAUCUAAUAUUUUGUAUGCACAGGGAUUACCAGACAGACAUCUAAUUGAAGAUGCACUGAAGGUUUCAGUACAUCUUGGACCAGCUGACCAAAAAACUGUGUUACCAAAGGCCCUUCCUAGUUCUUCUUCACACAGAGAGAAUCCUAAUAUAUUCUUUCAACCUGAUUUGCCAGAUAGACAUGUAGCUGAAGAUGCCCACAAGAUCUCAGGUGUUCUUGGACAAGCUGAUCAAAUCACCCAAGCUGUGUUACCAACCAUUUCCCCUAGUAUUUAUUCACAUAGUGGGAAAUACAAAGUUGGUUCAGAACGUGUCCAGAGAUUAAGAGAUACUUUGGAUUCCUCUGAGACCAGUAUUACCUCAAACAAUAGGCCUUUAAAUUCUCAGGCUGAUGGUAGAGUUGUAAUAAAUAAGCCAGUAUCGUUAGGUUUUGGAGAUUUCAGCUCUGAGGAACCCCGGGAAAUGGACAGUAGUUCCAAAACUCUUAAAGAGAUUCAGGCACUUUUAAUGGAGGCAGAAAAUAUAGCACUGAAACGAUGCAAUGUUCCUGCCCCCCUUGUCCCUUUCAGAGAUGUCCGUGAUAUUUCACAUGCACAGUCUAAGAAGGUGGUUUGCUUCAAAGAACCUUCCACAAUUGCUGAAUCUAAUGAUGAUGGGCCUCAGAAACAGCCAUUCUUAGAGGAAACCCCAAGUAGCAGUUGCAUACAGAAGGAUAUUAACACACAGACAAAUGUGAAUUGUCAGAGAGGCAUUGAAAAUUGGGAGUUUAUUAGUUCAACUACAGUGAGAAGUCCUCUACAGGAAGCAGAAAGCAAAGCCAGAGCAGCAUUAGAAGAUACCCUUAAGCAAUAUGAAGCAGCGAAAUACGUAAUGAGGUCUGAACCUGAAGGGUGUUGUGAAACCAUUGGGAAUAAAAUUGUUUUCCCUAUGAUGACUUUCAUUAAAAGUGAUUCAAGUAGUGACACAAGUGAUGGAAAUGGUUCCUGCUCAUGGGACAGUAAUUUUCCAGAGUCUUUGGGGUCAGUUUCCGAUGUUCUUCUAAACUUCUUUCCUGAUGCUUCACCCAAUAUAAGUAUGACAGAUAGCAGAGAGGAAGAUGAUGUGUCAGAGAGUGAUGAUGGUGGCGGUAGCAGUGUAGAUUCACUGGCUGCUCAUGUGAAAAACCUUCUGCAGUGUGAAUCCUCAUUGAACCAUGCUAAACAAAUACUCAGAGAUGCAGAGGAAGAGGAAUGUCGGGUACGAGCACGAGCCUGGAAUCUGAAGUUUAAUUUGGCUCAUGACUGUGGAUACUCCAUUUCAGCAUUAAAUGAAGAUGACAGGAGAAAAGUAGAAGAGAUCAAGGCAAAGUUGUUUGGUCAUGGGAGAACCACAAACUUGUCCAAGGGUUUACAGAGUCCACGGGAAACAGGAUGCAAGCCAGAAGCUGUAUGUAGUCACAUUAUUAUUGAGAGACAUGAAAAAGGGUGUUUCAGGACGCUAACUGCUGAAGAACCACAACUAGACAGCCAUUCUUGCAUCUUCAGAUCUCCUGAACCCCCAGAAAUGAUCAGAGGACAGUGGAGAGCCCAGAACAUCAACCUUUCCAGAUCACUAGACCAGAAUACCUCCCAUUUCAAAGUUUGGAACUCCUUGCACUUACGAAGUCAUUCCCCAUUUCAGAACUUUACAGCUGACAGCUUUAAAAUUAGGAAGGGUCUUCAAAUGCCAUUCCAUGAAAAGAUGGACCCUUGGUUGUCAGAAUUAGUAGAACCUGCUUGUGUGCCACCUGAAGAAAUGGAUUGUCACUCUUCAUCACAGUUGCCAACUCCAGAACCUGUGACAGAGUUUACCACCUCCAUCACUUUUUCAUCUCACCGGCAUUCCAAAUGCAUUUCAGAUUCCUCUGUUUUCAAGGUUGGUGUUACUGAAGGUAGCCAAGGUACUGGAGCAUCUGUGGGGAUAUUUAAUUCUCAUGUCACUGAAGAGCAAAGUACUCUUAGAGACCUAAUACAGAGAACGUCUUCCCCUUCAUCAUGUAAAAUGCUUAGUCAUUCACCAGAUAAAGAUCAGACUAUUUUAGCUGAAAGUAUUAGGCAAAGCCAAAAAUUACCUGUCGAUUUUGAGCAUUCUCACCAAGAAGAAAAACUGUUAGAAAUAUCAGAUUUUAAAGUCACUAAUUCUGAGCCUAGUCCCAGUGAAAAUUGUAGCAGUUUCAAGGAAAUUCAGUUUUCUGAUAACCAUACUCUCAUUAGCAUGGGCAGACGGAGUUCCACUCUAGGAAUAAAAGAGAAGAAUGUAACUGUAACUCCAGAUCCUCCUCCCAUUUUUCUUGAACAACAUGAGCUCUUUGAACAAAGCAAAACCCCACAUGCAGAUCACCACGUGAGAAAACACCCUUCUUCCCUUCCUCAACAUCAGGAUUGUAUAGCUUCAAACGUUCCUUCUCCCAUUUUUCUUGAACAACGUGAGAUCUUUGAACAAAGCAAAACCCUACAUGCAGAUCACCACAUGAGAAAACACCAUUCUCCCCUUCCUCAAGGUGAGGAUUAUAUGGCUUCAGACCUUCCUUCUCCUAUUUUUCUUGAACAACGCAAGCUCUUUGAACAAAGCAAAGCACCACAUGUAGAUCACCAUGUGAGAAAACCCCCCUUUCCCCUUCCUCAAGGUCAGGACUGUGUAUUAGAAAAGGAUAAUCAACAUAUGCUUAAAUCACACACUUCUAAUUUGAUAAAUGUUGAAGCCAAGUUCAACAAUGUGGUCUCCCAAUCGGCCCCAAAUCACUGUACAUUGGUAACAUCUGCAUCUACUCCACCUUCAAAUAGGAAAAUACUUUCUUGUGUUCAUAUAACUCUUUCUCCCAAGACUCCGUCCAACUUGGAUAGUGAAACUUUAGAUAAAAGAUUUCAUUCAUUGGAUCCUGCUUCUAAAACAAGGAUGAAUAGUGAGUUUAACUCUGACCUACAGGUUAUAUCUUCAAGAUCAUUGGAACCAACCUCCAAAUUACUGACCAUUAAACCUAUAGCACAGCAUCAAGAAUCUGUUGGUUUUCUAGGACCUAAAUCUUCACUGGACUUCCAUAUCGUACAGUCUCUUCUUCCAGAUAGUAAUAAUACUGUUAAUCAGGAUUUGAAAAACAUACCUUCUCAGAAUAGCCAGAUAGUAACCUCAAGGCAAACACAAGUGAAUUUUUCAGAUUUGGAAGAAUAUUCCAAUCCAGAAGGGACUCCACUAUCUGCAGAUCGGCCACCAGAGGAGAUUAAGACCCCGUUUUCUGCUUUUUCUGGAAAGUUGUCAUCUGAUGCAGUCACUCAGAUAACAACAGAAAGUCCAGAAAAGACCACGUUUUCAUCUGAGAUUUUUAUUAAUGCUGAAGAUCGUGGACAUGAAAUUCCAGGGCCCUUUACCCAGAAGGUCUAUAGAGUUCCUGCCAAGUUUGCAUCAUCUUCAGUCCAACAGAUUGCUCCUUCUCAUGGCACAGCCCAGCCUUUACUGUUGCCGUAUAAGCCUUCUGGAGGUACAGAGAUGUACUAUGUUCCACAAUUAAGAAAAAUUCCUCAAUUUCUGGAUGUCAAAUCAGACAGCACUGUUGAGAGCUCACACUCAGGAUCCAAUGAUGCCAUCGCUCCAGACUUCCCAGCUCAGGUGCUGGGCACGAGGGAUGAUAACCUCUCAGACAUGGUUAACAUUAAACAUAAAGAGGGCAUCUACAGUAAGAGGGCGGUGACUAAGAGGUCCUGGUCAGUGGUGAAAAAACCCUUUCAGAAAGAAACUGCAGAUGCCACAGUUCAGGUGGCCAUAACUGGAAAUGAGAACGUUUCAGGGGCAAAACAGAUGGAGGAUAUCUACAAUAAGAGGGCAGUGACUAAGGUUGGCCAACUUGGAGAAGAAUCCUUGCAGAAAGACACUGCAGGUUACAGUGCUGCUGCUGCUGAAGAGCUCUCAGCUCAAGUACAAGACACAGAGAUUGAAAACCUACCAGCCACUAAAGCCAUUAAAGAGAAAGAGAUCUAUAGUAAGAAGAUAGUUCCUAAGCUAGCCUGGCCAGAAAAAAAUGAACCUUUGCUGAUAGAUACUGCAGAAUCCAGAGGUCAUUCACAAUUUGAAAAUACUGCCCAUUCUGUCUUCAGGUCAGCCAAGUUUUAUUUUCACCCUCCAGUGCACCUACCAAGUGAUCAAGAUGUUUGCCAUGAAUCCUUGGGAAGGGGUGUUUCCAUGAGGAAUUCUUACGUUUCUCUACCUUAUCAAAAUGUGGACAAGGCUAAUAAGGAUCAUGCUACAAUAGAGAGCCUCAGUGUCAGUUUGAAUAUGGGAAACAAAGAAGCCAUGCACAAUACUAAAAGUCAGACUAGAGAUAAUCCAAAAUGUAACAGGCAAAUUAAUGAUCCCAGAAGGAAUUGUAAGGUCACCUCAGAGCCAACAACUCAGCGAACUACAAGUUUGAAUGAACUCUGGAACAGGUAUCAGGAACGACAGAGGCAACAGAAAUCUCAGAUCAGAGACAGGAAAGAACUAACCUUGGUGGAGCGACUUGAUCGUUUGGCUAAACUUCUUCAGAAUCCCAUCACACAUUCUCUCCAGGCCUCAGAAAGUACACAUGAUUAUAGCAAAGGCGUACGAGAUGUUAAGGAAUGGACUGGUAGACAGCAAGAACGGAAAAACAAGCUUCAGAAAAAGAAGAGGUAUAAAAGCCCAGAUAAAUGCCAUAAGAACACAGGAGAUCUUAAAAAAAGCAAGAUACUUUCUCCUCAUCAAGCUGGGAGGUCCAAUCAGAUUAAUAUUGAACAGAUUAAAUUUGAUAAAUAUAUCCUGAGAAAACAGCCAGCUUUUAAUUAUAUAAGCAACACUUCUUCAGAUUCUAGACCCUCAGAGGAGAGUGAGCUGCUCACAGAUACUGCCACCAACAUCCUUUCAACCACGACUUCUCCUGGGGAAUCAGAUGUAUUGACUCAAACAGAUAAAGAGGUGGCCUUGCCUGAGAGGAGCAGCUCAAUAUCCACCAUUGACACUGCCCGACUGAUCCAAGCUUUUGGCCAUGAAAGAGUAUGUUUGUCACCCAGGCAAAUUAAGUUAUAUAGCAGCAUCACCAACCAACAGAGGAGAUGCCUUGAAAAGCGGAUCAAGCAGAGCAAGAAAGGUCAUUUCCAAAUGACUUCUGAGCACACCAGAAGGCAAAACAUCCAGGUGGAAAAGCAUAUGAUUUCUUCUGACUCUGUUUCAUCUUCUGCCAGUAGUUUGUGGAGCUCAAGCCUUACCCGUAGCAGCAAGCAAAAUGUGCACAUGUUAAACAAGGGUAUUCAAGCAGGUAACUUGGAGAUUGUGAAUGGUGCCAAAAAACACACUCGAGAUGUUGGGAUGACUUUCCCAACUCCCAGUUCUAGCGAGGCUAGAUUAGAAGAGGACAGUGAUAUGAAUUCUUCUCGGUCAGAAGAAAAAAAUGAAGAGAAAAGGCUCCUUACCUUUUAUAUGAGAGACAAAAAGUUAAGAAAGAACAAGCCAAAUUCCUGCGAAGGAAUUUCAUGGUUUAUUCCUGUUGAAAAUUUGAAGUCUGGGUCUAAGAAGGAAAACCUGCCUUGUGGCCGUGGUGUCUACUGGUUUGAACCAAUAACCAACACCAAACCCUGGAGGGAGCCACUGCGGGAAAAGAACUCACAGGGACAGCAAAUGGAUAGUCGGGGGUUCCUAGCAGGCCCAGGCAGAGAUUUUGACAAGGUUCCACCGAGACCGUUUGUGAGAGCAAGCCUACAGGAAUCACUUCAGUUUCACAGACCUGACUUCAUCUCCCGCUCUGGAGAGCGGAUAAAGCGCUUGAAGUUAAUAGUCCAGGAGAGGAAGCUACAGAAUGUGUUACAGAGUGAGCGGGAUGCACUGUUCAAUGCUGCAAGAGAAUGGCAGGGCUACCAGGAUCCUGUGCGCCCUCUACGUGCGAGAGGCUUCCCGGCUGCCCAGAAAUACAGACCUGUUGGAAAGAAGGAAAUGAUUCAGAGGUCUAAACGGAUUUAUGAGCAGCUUCCAGAAGUGCAGAAAAAGAGAGAAGAGGAGAAGAGGAAAUCGGAAUAUAAGUCAAACUGGCUACGAGCCCAGCUAUAUAAAAAGAAAGUAACCAAUCGACUCUUGGGGAGAAAAGUUCCCUGGGACUAAUGUAAAAUUAUUUUCUUCAGAGCCCUGGAAGUAUAUUUUAUGAAACUGGAGAAGCAUAAUCCUUACUUUUCUGAAACUGAAUUUAAUAAAACAUGCUCUAUUUCCAUGCGUAGUUUAGAAAUAAUAACGUAAAAGUUCUGGGGCAGAGUGGUGAUUAAAUGCCUGAUGGUGUGGGAGCAGUCCUUUCUCCACAGUGGCCUUGCCCACAUGACUGUGUUGUUACAAUGCUACCUCUUAAUUCUAGUCUAGAGUAAGUCCCUUUUUAUAUGUUUUUACACUUUUAGGAAAUAAAUAACUUUCGAUUGA